UAAGGCGUUGCCCUGCCGCCGCCACUUUCCUGGCCCUCCCGCUCCGCCGCUGCCGCCGCCUUCCUCUCUCCUCCUGCCACUCCCCCUCCUCGGCCGCUGCCGUCUUAAGGUAUAGCGCUAGCCCGCCGCCACCGCCGCCGCGAUGGAGGCGCUCCGGCAAGUCGGGGCCAAGCUGACGGUGUACGUGCACCCCUCCAACGCCGCCGAUGUCCGCCGCGCCGUCGCCCGCCAGCUCAGCACCCUCCUCUUCUCGUACGAAGAUCGCUUUGAUGGUGUUUUGCUAGCUCAUGAUAUAUUUUUCGAGAGCAACAAAGGCAAAAUCAUGGAUGGUUUGGUACCCUAUUUUGGGGUGCCGGUGCAUGCCAACAUGCUGCUGUUUUCUCCCCAGCCAAACAUGAUGUUGGAAGGGAAGGUUGAAAUGCUUGGCAAGGAAUCAAUUCAUGUCGUUGUCCUAGGGGUUUUUUCAGCAGCCAUUAUGGCAGAUGAUAUUCCUCAGAGCUUCAGAUUCAAAAGAAGAGGACAUGGAGGAAAAUUUAUAAGCCAGUUGGACAACCAGCAUGUGAUUAAGAAAGGAAGCAUGAUACGUUUUUCUGUCAAAGGGGUGGACACAGAAAUGAAUUGUCACAUUAAUGGAUCUUUAAUGCCACCUCACACUGGAUCCAUGGUUUGGCUAUCAGUACAUGAUGCUGAAUAUGCAUCAGAAAUCAACAGUGGCAAAAGGAAAUCAAAAGGUAUCAAAAUUGAGCAGAACGUGCAAGAUGACACAACUGUGAACAAUGAAGAUAGUGUGGUCAAUUCUGAACGGCCGCACAAGUCUCGAAAGAGGACCGUUGCAGAAUGAUAAUCAAUUGCUAGGUUUAAAGUGCCGUUUGUAAGAACAUGAGAUGUUUAGUUGUUAGCAGUAAUGUCCAUCACCAGCUUGUUUAUAUUGAUAGUUGGAUACUCAUUAGGGCCCGUUCGUUUGCUCCCAGCCCGGCUGGGAUCAACCGGUAUUUUCUAAAUUGUAGACCAAAUUCCCAUGAAUCCCUCCCGAUCCCCACCGGGAAAUCUGCAGCCAAACAAGCCCGUAGAGGGAUGAUGAUAGCCCAACUCAAAGAGUGGUGUUUUUGCUUGAUUCUCAACUUCUGAACAAAUCAAGGAUUCAAGGUGUAAUAGGUUUACUGAAUGGUUACUGGUCUUAUAUCCCAGCAAAGUGCCAGUUAUUAUAAUUUUUAUUUUAGCCUCC